AUGCGUCAGAUCCGUCCAUGGCGUGUAGACGACUUUAUCGCGAUGUUCUCUUGGGCGUUCCUAGCGAACGUGGCCUUUGUUUUAUUGGGAACCACGACAUUCUUUAGUUUGGUACUCACGACUGCCAACAGCCUGCAAUUCCAAGGGUUUGUGGCAUCCAAGAUUAGCGAUUAUCUUACCGCAUCAACAGGAGUGAAGGUCAAGUUCGAGGCAGCUAUUGUGCCUAAUUGGAAGGACGGCCGCAUCACUCUCAGAAACGUCGUCAUGUCCAAGCGUGUAGAGGAACCAUCUCAGAAUCACCUCUUGAGCCAUAAGGGCGAGGACCAUUCAGGUCAUGGACACGAACAUGAUCACGAUGGAAGCGAGCACGGUGUUGCAACGGAAGAAGAAGUCGACACCAACUUUACAAUGUUUGAUCUGACCAUCGACCAGAUUGACGUCACGCUAUCAGCCAAGCGGUGGCUCGAUGGUAAGGGCCUCAUUGAAGACGCUUCCAUCAAGGGUGUUCGCGGAGUCAUUGACCGAACACAUGUAUGGUGGGAUCCUGAUGUCGAGUACAUUCCAGAGGAGGCCAGAAGAAAGCACGUCACUGGCGACUUUGAGCUUGACUCACUGCAACUGGAGGAUAUGCUUGUGACAGUACUCCAACCCGAUGAUUUCAGGCCUUACACAGUCUCCAUCUUCUCAGCCCAGUUCCCUUGCUUCCGCAAGCAAUGGCUCUUCUAUGACAUGCUGUGCGCGGAAUCGAUGGUCGGCAUGUUUGAUGGCUGUCUCUUCAGCUGCUACACUGCACAGCGGGAGAGCACAGACAGCCAGACGGACAUAAAAUGGAAGCGUACCACGCGCUUCAAGAUUGACGACGUUAAGAUUGACCAUUUGAACGCGGGAGUGGAGGGGCCUUUUGGCUGGAUCUAUUCUGGGACGGUCGACAUCACAUGCGACGUUAGGAUACCGAACGAACCGCGGGAGGAUGUGCUUCGCAAACUGGUGAACGAUAUUGUGGACAAGAUUGACGAGGUGGUUGACUUCGCGCCAUUGCCUCUGGUCUUUGGAACUGGUGCAAUUGGUAGCAAGGAGAUUAGGCACAUGACCAAACUUGUUCCCAUGAGGUUGAAGUCCAAGAAGCCCGCACUUGUGAUGGAUUUUGAGUUCCGGUUCAAUAACGUCAAGGCUUCGGUUCCUCUUCAGACCGAAAGCAUGUCGUAUCUUUCGAAUGCUGCAGUUCGUCCAAUUGUCGCGUUCAUGAACAGCAAUCGAACAGAGAUUCCUAUCCGCUGCCGUCUCGAAAUGGAUCUCUCCGAAUUCAAUGGAUCGUGGACAGUAUACGAUUCGAACCUUAUGAACAGCUUGUCCACUGAGCUCGGCAAGGCAUGGGCCAGCCUUGUUGCGGACGAGAGGGAGAGGAACCGAAAGUUGAAACGUGUUGGUCUAUGGGGCCUCCAGUCGAUGACCAGAAAUAUUGUCAGCGUAUACGACUAUGCACGUGGCAACCGAGGCUUCUGGCAUUACAUUGGAGCUCAAACUGUCUAG